ACAAUAUCCUUAAGUUUUUCAUUUAUGUGAUAUGAGGUUAAUUCAGAGUAGUUCGCCUGUGAAUGCAAAUACAUUCAGUAGUGGUAAUCUUUUUCAAUAUUUCAACUACGUAAAGUUGUGAUACAGCAUUGGGUACAUAAAUGUUUAUAUGGAUUUAUAUAAUAGAAGUUCCACAUAAAAGAGUAACACAAAUUAACAUAAACAUAACAUUAACUCUGUGGGCGUCCGUAAAAACUCAUUUGGACGCAUGUAACAUCACGAAUUGCAUGGUUCGCUUGUUACAAUGUUCUAAUUGACGUUUGUAAAUUUAUUGUGCAAUCUUUAAUACAGACCGUCAGGCAUCAGGAUAAAUCCAAGCCUUUUUGUGGAAUCGUGUGUAAGUCCCAAGGCAAGACUAUAUCGAGAUUUUAUCAUAUUUCGGAGAGCUUGUUCUCCAUUAUGCAAAUGGGAAGUGGUCAUGACUUGCAGGCGUUUGUGGUGCUCGUGCUGACGUUCUCUGUGUGCACGGCUCACGUGACGCUAACAUACCCACCCGCUCGGAAGUACCCGUUCGACUUCAUGGACGUACAAAGAACCCCCGGACCCUGUGGCAUGUCGAAAGGCCUGGGUCCAGUAACAGACUUGAUUGCCAAUGACACCAUCAUUGUCACCUGGCACUUGGCGUAUCCGCAUAGGGGCGGUUACCGGCUUUCGCUUCUCAAUGCGAGCGAAGAAGUGAUCCACUCAUUCACCAACGGAGCCUUCGUAAACGAGAAUGAUCCUACACGGCUGUCGCACGCGGUGGUCGUGCCAAAUAUAGAAUGCCGAAACUGCUCCCUGCAGCUGCUCCGCCGCGCCGGCGAGUGGUUAACCAACUGUAACGGCGGCCAGUACGACUUCUACACAUGCGCAGACGUCAACAUCGUGCAAGCUAACCCAGGAAAUGUGCCCAUGUGUUCAAGCCACGGUAUAAUGCGAAACGCCUCAUGCACAUGUGACCACCUCUGGACCGGAAACAAGUGCCAGUACAAAGAAGAGUGUAUGUCGGACAGCGACUGUCAGAACGAAGGUCGCUGUAAGAUAGGCAUGUCCACACGAUACCCCAAGAACCACUGCUACUGUAAACAGGGAUACUUCGGCAGGAGGUGUGAGAAAGUGUCAUCUGUGAGCACUUUACGGAACCUUGACCUUAACCAGUAUAUUCCCGCCAGCGUCCCGGGAGUCGACGACUACAUGAUUUACCGACGUAUACUCGAGGAUACAGACGAGAUUGAGGUGGUACUGCGAGUGAGGACAGACUCCUGGGUCGGUUUCGGCUGGAGACCAACAGAUUACCGUAGCGGAUGUAAGCGGAUAUUCCCGGAACUUCCCCCCUACCCAAAUCUGCCAGAUGACGGGGUUUCCGGUGAAGGUGAAGGUGAAGGAGAAGGAGAGGGUGAAGGUGAGGGAGAGGCAGAGGGGUCGACGACCGAGUGGUGUCCCAAGGGCUGCAAUGUCUCCAAGCUGACCUGGAGCUACAAUGCCACCAGCCUCACUGUGAAUGUCGUGUUCCAGGGCAUCUCUGACUUCAUGACCAAUUGGAUUGGAGUCGGAAUCUCAAGCGAUCAACAAAUGUUUCAGUCUGAUGCGAUAUUGCUGUAUGCGGGUGACCAAGGACUCGUGAUCUCUGACAGAUUCCUUGGACCAAACAGGGCACCGCCAACCGUGGACGGGAACCAAAACGUGAUUCUCGAAUCAGCGAAUCUCAGCGAUGGCGUCGUUAAUUACACGUUUUCACGUGCUCUCGACACGGGAGACAGCACCGACAUGCGGAUCACAAACGACACGUUUUACCUACUAUUUGCCUUCGGACCGAAAUCAGGAAACACAAUAAAUUAUCAUCAAGAAAAAUAUUUCUCUCCAGAGCUGUGCCUUUCCCAAUCCUGUGCCGAAGCACUUGCCGAAGGAGAAGGCGAGGGCGAGGGAGAAGACGAUGGAGAGGGCGAUGGAGAGGGUGAAGGAGAGGGUGAAGGUGAAGGUGAAGGCGAGGGAGAGGCAGAGGGGUCGACGACCGAGUGGUGUCCCAAGGGCUGCAAUGUCUCCAAGCUGACCUGGAGCUACAAUGCCACCAGCCUCACUGUGAAUGUCGUGUUCCAGGGCAUCUCUGACUUCAUGACCAAUUGGAUUGGAGUCGGAAUAUCAAGCGAUCAACUAAUGUUUCAGUCAGAUGCAAUAUUGCUGUACGCGGACGAGCAAGGACUCAUGAUCUCCGACAGAUUCCUUGGACCAAACAGGGAAGCGCCAACAAUGGACGGGAAUCAAAACGUGAUUCUCGAAUCAGCGUACCUCAGCGCUGACCUCGUUAAUUACACGUUUUCACGUGCCCUCGACACGGGAGACAGCGCCGACAUGCGGAUCACAAACGACACGUUUUACCUACUAUUUGCCUUCGGGUCAAAAUCAGGAAAUGCAAUAAAUCCUCAUCAAGAAAAAUAUUCCUCUCCAGAGCUGUGCCUUUCCCAAUCCUGUGCCGACGCACUUGCAGAAGGAGAAGGCGAAGGAGAAGACGAUGGAGAUGGCGAUGGAGAGGGCGAAGGAGAGGGCGAAGGCGAGGGUGAAGGCGAAGGCGAGGGAGAAGCGGAGGGGUCGACGACCGAGUGGUGUCCCAAGGGAUGCAAUGUCUCCAAGCUGACCUGGGGCUACAAUGCCACCAGCCUCACUGUGAAUGUCGUGUUCCAGGGCAUCUCGGACUUCAUGACCAAUUGGAUUGGAGUCGGAAUCUCAAGCGAUCAACAAAUGUUUCAGUCUGAUGCGAUAUUGCUGUAUGCGGGUGACCAAGGACUCAUGAUCUCCGACAGGUUCCUUGGACCAAACAGGGCACCGCCAACCAUUGACGCGGGUCAAAACGUGAUUCUCGAGUCAGCGUAUCUCAGCGCUGACGUCGUUAAUUACACGUUUUCACGCGCUCUCGACACGGGAGACAGCGCCGACAUGCGGAUCACAAACGACACGUUUUACCUUCUUUUUGCCUUCGGAUCGAAAUCAGGAAACACAAUAAAUUAUCACCAAGAAAGAUAUUUCUCUCCAGAGCUGUGCUUUUCUCAAUCCUGUGCCGACGCACAUGCUGAAGGAGAAGGAGAAGGCGAGGGCGAGGGUGAAGGAGAAGGAGAGGGCGAAGGAGUGGGUGAAGGAGAGGGUGAAGGCGGUGGUGGAAGUUGUGGCGCCCAAUUUGCUGGAACAAGUUCAACGACGGGCGACGGUAUUCACGCCAUGGACUGCACUGACAUUGUGAUCGGGUCGGCUGUGGGGCAGUUAUCCAGGGUGGGGGAUUACUACACCCGGGACCGCUCCACACCCUUGGCCGACACCGAGUAUGGCGGCACCGACAGCCUCACAGCCGCUAUUGGCGAGGAGAACGGCGGCUACACCACAAUACUCUUCAGAAAGAAGGUAAAUGCAAACGACCCGGCAGAUCACAGCAUACUUCCGGGAGCUAUGCAUGUGAUCUGGGCGCGCGGGCAGCCGGCCGGAAACUACCACCACGUGCCCAACUCGGGGCUUGAACACUCGGGCUCCAACCCAUCCAUCCCGAACUACUACUAUCGGGACGAGCUCAAAUACCACGGGAGGGACACUAGCAACUCGGCGUACGGACAUCGCGGAUUCUUUACUCUAGACUUCUAUGAAGACCCGCGGUCGUCAGGCGAUGGACAGGGAUGUAACGGGGCGUACAACAGCCCGACGGGAUCGUUCAGCGCCUCCUGGGUGUUUAACGAGACCACUGGGGUCAUAACCUUCACAGUCGGGGCCGACAUUCAGGUCAACCAAUGGAUGGCUAUCGGACUAAACGCUGAGAACAGAAUGUUUGGUGCCGAUGGGUAUAUGGCAUGGAUGGAUGGAAACGGGUCGCCAGUCGUCUCGGACAGGCAUCUGAGUACGAACAGCUACGUGCAACCAAUCGCAGAUGAUGAACAAAACGUCAACGUCAUAUCUGGUAACGUUACUAACGGGAGAACGUACGUUACAUUCUCGCGUACACUAGACACGGGGGAUGACGUCAACGAUUUUAUUUUCGACGGUUCGGCGUGCGCUUACCUCCUAUUCAGCUGGGGAGGCACGAUUACAGUGGGAGGAGGGGUCAGCGCGACCUUGACCCAGCACGCGCAGAGGGAGGCCCCCGGAAUCAUCCAGUGCUUUAAAGACUGCGACAAGGCAGUUACUGUGAGUGUGGAGCGCGAGGUGCCGUUCAUGAUUGUCCUGUCACAGUUGCUAUGGGACAAUCGCUAUGACAACCCCAACUCGGAACAGUUCGCAGAGCUCAGGGACUAUGUUUUACCAAGGCUUGAGUCGGUAUUCGAAGGAUUGCAAGGAUUUAAAUCUGUCAAAAUUUACCGCUUCCGAGCCGGAAGCGUGCAUGUUGACGCCGCCGUGGUUCUAGAACGUUCGGGCGAGAAAACUUCUGACGUUGAAAGCGCAAUGAAGACGGACGUUGACAAUGCCAUCAAGAACGACAUCCUGGAACCUGGCUCACUCGGCGACUAUGCCGUUGGUCAAAUGUACAACGUCGGCAAUCCCAAACCAGUGAGUUCACCUCCCCGACCUGACGUACCGGUUGAUGAUAAAGACGAAAUCGGGACGCUUGAGUACAUCAUCAUUGGGGUCGUCAUCGCCGGCUUAUUGUUCCUCACUCUGCUCGUAAUUGGCACCUUUGUCAAACGCCGGCUUGCCGCAAGUCCAACGGAAGAUAUACCAAAGAAUUACCACUAUACUGGUCAGAGUGGUACGUAUUACCAGGCGUACGCAAAUCCACCCAUGGAGCCGACGUCCUACCACCACUCGUCGACCGGAAAUGGUUCAACCGCCAACUGGAAACACCAACCAAAUCAGCCUGCAGUGUUCUUAAACGGUGGUUACGAACACAUACACCAUCCCGCGCAACUCAAUAACGUUGGUUACGCGGAGCUCCAUCUUGACGGCUCCCUGGUCAGCGGGAAAACGGUGCCGGGUGAGCAGGUUGGUCAGGGUGCGUACGUUACUAGGGGAUAUAACGGAACGGACGUGGCGUACAAGAAGACGGAUGAUCAGGGCGAUGUCUACAUAAAAUAUGUGCCCCAUUCUGAGAGUGAAAACGCCAAAUAUGUGUACAUGUAAAUAAAGAAGAUGACACUAUGAAGCGACAAGAUAAAAUCUAUUUAAGAUGCUGACAGAUCUUUUUUAUCCAAUAAAUUGUGCCAUGUAUAUUUGAUUACAUACUGUGUCAAAACGGCUGUCUAUCAAAAUUAUUUAAUCUAUUUAUUUCAAAUAUUUAUUUGAAAUAAGACUUUUUAUAAGAAAUGUGUUGUGUUCGUUCACUAUGUUUGCAGUACGAAUAAAUUUUACACCAUU